AGUUUCAUUUGAAACAUUUUGGCCGCACUUUAGCGUGGAAGGUUUAUAUUGACCAAUCGAGAUAUUCGGAUAUUCAUUUCGAGCUUUACAUUCCUACUUAUUGUUCCUUAUAUAUUGUUCCGCUUUACUUGCGCACACGAAAUUUAUUUAAUUUAAAUCUCUCCACAUGCACGUGCAAGUAUAUUUGCUAAUGCGUUUACACUCAUAGUUUCAGUUCACGAAAAAAAGACGCUUUCAUGCAUAAUUAUACAUUUAUAUACACGCAGAUAAAUACAAUAACAAACAAAUCCGUACAAAUAUGAUGACCAAGAGAAGUACAUAGCUCUCUGUCUGUCUGUCUGUCUGUCUCUCUCUCUGUCUAUCUAUCUAUUUGUCUGUCUGUCUGCUUGUAUAUAUGUAUGCAUGUAUGUAUAUGAAAGGAGACACCAGUAUACAAGUAGACAUACAAACAAAAUAUACAUGCCUGCACACGUAAAAACACCUAAAUCUAUCUAUCAAUCAUUCUAUCUAUCUAUCUAUCUAUCUAUCUAUCUAUCUAUCUAUCUAUCUAUCUAUCUAUCUAUCUAUAAUGGCAGAAAACCAAUGUAGAAGCUGUGUAUGAUUAUAUAAACAAAUACACGUAGUUAUCAUACAAGGAAAUACAUAACCUUUGAGUUUUCUUUUGCGAAUUUGCGAAGUAUUAUCGAAUAGAAUCCGACUGAACAUUUUAAACGUCUGUAUUUCAACCAUAUCUACUAAGAAUUGCACAAUUCAUAAAAAAUUGUGAAAUUACUGAAAAUAAGGAAUCAAGAUUUUAAAUGAAGUCCUUAUGAAAGAAGCUUUGUUGUGAUACACAAUGGAGAUGGAGACUAGCUUUGUAACAACAGACAAUGAAUCCUCAGAAUGUGUGAAACGGAGAGACGGUUUCUACCCUAAGUUAGAGAAACGGGACUCUGGAAUUACUGCCGAUUCGUCUUAUUCUUCGACCUCAUGGCGAAACAGUUAUGAAGAAACCCCAGAAUAUGAGAACAAUGUAUUCGAACUGAGUAUCGAGCGUUCUUCAAGCGGCUCAACUUUGGAUUUGAGUCAACCAAUAGACAACUGCCAGCCUAUGAAAGCAUCAAAUAAAAUAAAUCAUUCACCUGGAAAAUGGGCGGCUGAGAAGAACAUUCCAGUUGAUUCCUUGGAAGUAGAUCUGUUGGAAGUGGCUAAACGCCUUAUUGUUUUCGAAAUGGAUAAAAAGAGGCUAGAAAUUCCUAAAAUUGAAAUCAAUACUGUACCGGAAGAAAUCGAAGACGAAGAGGGCAACAUCACAAAUGGUCAAUCAACAUUUAACUUAAAUCGUGAAAGAUUCCAAGUGAUCCCAGUUGGAACCCCUGUAAAAUCUGCCCAGAGAUCAAGACGGUCUAGUGAUUCCUCCCGAAUUUCCGAUGGUGAUCGCAAAGUAUCAAUUUCCAUAAUUGAAGAUGAUUUUCUUUCUCCGAAAAGUGCAUUUCAGGGUCACCGUAUGUCGGUUGACUCUAAUUUUAGCAGCCAAACUAUCGGUACACACACGCACGAAGCUUUACCACGUGCUGAAAACUAUCGGGAUCUUUUGUCACACGUGACUAAUAUGAAGUCUCGACCAACUUUAGAUGAACUGCACGAAAGAACCAGAAAAUCUUUCGAUCCUGUUGAAAGAAAGAAAUCUGUAUCUGUCGCCUACUCCGGCAUCAAAUUUGGAUGGAUCGAAGGAGUUUUGAUACGUUGUAUGUUGAAUAUAUUUGGAGUAAUGUUAUUCCUGAGAUUAACCUGGGUUACAGCUCAAGCAGGGAUUGGAUUAUCGUUUGUCAUCAUUUUACUUUCUUCCCUUGUCACAAGCAUCACUUCUAUAUCAAUGUCAGCGAUCUGUACAAAUGGCGAAGUAAGAGGCGGUGGGGCCUAUUAUAUGAUAUCUCGUAGUCUUGGUCCAGAAUUUGGCGGUGCUAUUGGUGUUAUAUUUGCUAUGGCAAAUGCUAUUGCAGCGGCAAUGUACAUCGUUGGGUUCGCAGAAACGGUACAAAUUCAAAUGGAGAAGCAUGACUUAUUUAUAACUGGUGUGGCGGAGAACGAAGUACGAAUAAUUGGGAUUGUUACAAGCUUUGCACUUUUGGCAAUCAUUUUCAUUGGAAUGGCUUGGGAAUCAAAGGCACAAAUAUUUUUAUUGGGAAUUCUUUGUGUUGCUGUUCUCAAUUAUUUUGUGGGUACAUUCCUACCAGUUACAGAAGAUCGUAGGCGUGAAGGUUUCAUAGGCUAUAACGUAUCAAUAUUGAUCGAUAACUUCCAGCCAGACUUCAAAGAUCAAUCAUUUUUUAGUGUCUUCUCCAUUUAUUUUCCUUCAGCAACUGGUAUUUUAGCCGGUGCUAAUAUCUCUGGAGAUCUUAAGGAUCCUCAAACAGCCAUUCCAAAGGGAACAUUUCUGUCUAUUGCCAUUACAACCUCGAUUUAUGCGAUGAUUUCUUUUACUAGUGGAUUUACAAUGAUGAGAGAGGUCUUUAUUCCGAGUGUAACUGAUUUUAAUAGUACCCUGCUGAACGAAACUUCAUUUAACUACCCAAUAGUGUCAGAAACCUCACCAGCAUGCCUUAUGUAUACUUGCAGAAAAGGUGGAUUACAUCACGAUAAUUCGAUUGUUGGAAUUGCAUCUGCCACAAAAUACUUAAUUUUGGCUGGAAUAUUCUCUGCCACUUUAUCUUCGGCCCUUGCAAGUUUAGUCAGCGCUCCAAAAGUUUUGCAAGCUGUUGGCAAAGACAAAAUAUAUCCUUGUCUAUUUUAUUUCGCCAAAGAAUCCGGUCGGAACAGAGACCCAAGAAGAGCUAUCUUAAUCAGCUUCGUUAUAUGUUUGGCAAUGAUCUGUUUAGGUUCGCUAAACGCUAUAGCACCAAUUAUAUCCAACUUUUUCCUUAUUGCUUACGCUCUCAUUAACUUUGCCUGCUUUGAUGCCAGCAUUUCCAACAUGCUCGGUUUCCGUCCAGCCUUCAAGUAUUUCAACAAAUGGCUCAGUUUACUAGGCGCGCUUCUCUGUGUCUUUAUUAUGUUUUUAAUUCAGUGGUGGGCAGCAUUAAGCACAUUCGUUCUUUCUGCCGGACUUUUCAUUUAUAUCCGCGUGAAAAAACCAGAAGUCAACUGGGGAUCUUCUUCACAGGCUCAUGCCUACAAGAAUGCAUUGGCAUCGACGCAGAAACUGGCUCAUGUUGAGGAACACGUUAAGAACUUCCGGCCUCAAAUUUUAUUGUUGUGUGGCUACCCUAAAAACAGACCAGAUCUGGUGGAUUUCGCAGCAUCUAUCACUAAACGAAGCUGCUUGCUUAUAUGCGGACAAAUUUUCCUGGGAGACGUUGCAAAACACAAGAAACACCUGGGGUCGGAAUCUGUUUAUUCCUGGUUCAAGAAUAGGAAAAUAAAAGCUUUUUAUAGUAGAGUAUGCUCAAUAAACUUUCGAGUUGGUGCACAGAAUCUUUUACAGAUAAACGGUUUAGGAAAACUGAAACCCAACACCAUGCUAAUGGGUUUUAAAAGAAAUUGGCAAACUGAUACAGGAUCAAAUGUCGACGAUUAUUUUAACGUGAUUCAUGAUGCCUUUGAUCUGAAUUAUGGUGUUGGUAUAUUACGUGUACCAGAUGGAUUUGACACGCAAAGGUUCGAAGACGAUCAAGUAGAUCAAGAAGAAUCGGAUGCCGAAGUGGAAAGCUCUGACGAAGAAAGUCCAUGUAGCGAAGACGCAAUCUCUCGAAUUGACGAACAACGCACAUCAAUUCAGAUAACAGACGGCGAUGUAAUACUUCAAAGAUUUGCUCGCAAGAAAAAUGGCUUGGAUAAUCCCGCAUACACAGAAGAAGUAAUGAAAAAUCCAUUGCCAGAAAAUAAUCCAGUAAUAGAAGUUGAAUCGGUACUAGAAAACCCGUCCAUGUUUAGUAAAAAGCAAGAAGGCACUAUCGAUGUUUGGUGGUUAACAGACGACGGAGGUUUGACGCUUCUUGUUCCUUACAUGCUAUCUUGUCGGAAGAAAUGGAAGAACUGUUGUUUAAGAGUUUUCUGUGGAAGCAGCAAAAUGGGUGACGUCGACAGUGAACACAGACGGAUGGUGACAUUACUCAGCAAGUUCCGUAUAGAUUAUUCACAAAUAACGGUCAUUCCUGAUCUUCGACAUAAACCCUCACAAACCACUAUGAGAGAAUUUUAUGCACUGAUUCAACCAUGGCUUUUGAAAAACUUUGAAGACCAAGCAUCAUAUCCAUGGAAAAUUUCCGAAGCAGACUUACUGGGUAAUAAAAUGAAAACUUACAGACACGUGAAAUUGCAUGAGAUGCUCCAAGAACAUUCCAAGACUGCAAGACUUGUGGUUUUAACUUUACCAAUGCCACGGAAGAACACUUGUCCGGCUGGUCUUUACAUGAGUUGGCUUGAAAUGAUUACGAAAGACAUGCCUUCAAUUUUAUUGCUUCGCGGUAACCAGCAAAGUGUCUUAACAUACUAUGCCUGAUCAUAUUACAUCAAUCAGUCAGUCAGUCAAUAACUCCUCUCAGAUUUGGGGCAUUUCGUUAGAUCCAUUUAUUACUCUACGUUUCAAACAAGCUAAUACGACAUCCCUGAAUUUGAAAAUUAAAAAUAUUUUAACAGAAUUUUACUUACCCUAAUUUUAGUGAUUUUAAAACCCUCACAAAAACCGGCAUUUUAUGACAACCAUAAUAAUAAUGAAGAUGAAGAUAUAGAAGAAAAACCAAAGUGAAAAAUAUAGUUUUCUCUCCAGAAUCCAAGUUUUAUUUUGUAUCUUUGUAUUUUAAUAAGACUGUUGUAAAAUGUUUUAUAUUCACAUUUUGUAUAAAAAGAAGAAAAUAACAAAGAAUACCAAACAUAUUUAGACCACUUAUUUGUGUGUGUAUAUAUAUAUAUAUAUAUAUAUAUACUUGAGGAGUGUUUUAUUUCAUAAUGUCUACAUAGCCUAAAGAAAACGAGGGAGAAAGAAAAAUCAAUAAUUUUUCUUUUUUUUUCUUUGAGUGUAUCAAAGUGUGCUUGUAUAUGUGUGUAUGUAUGUCUGCGCGCGUGUUUAUUGAAUUGUACAUUCACAAUUAUGUAUGUCCAAAUCUUUCUUGCUUUUUUUCAUUGAUAUUAAUUUCAAUAAUAAUAAUAACUAUUAUUAUUAUUAUAGUAAGGCGGUGAGCUGGCAGAAUCGCUAGCGCGCCGGACGAAAUGUUUAGCAACGUUCUAAGUUCAAAUUCCGCCGAGGCCAACUUUGCCUUUCAUCCUUUCGGAGUCGAUAAAUUAAGUACCAGUGAAACACUGGGGUCGAUGUAAUCGACUAGUCCCCUCGUACCAAAAUUUCAGGUCUUGUACCUUUAGUAGAAAGGAUUAUUAUUACUAUUAUCCAGAAAGCAGCGAGCUGGCUGAAUCGUUAACACGCCGGACAAAAUACUUAGCGGCAUUUCGUCCGUUUUUUACAUUUUAAGUACAAAUACCGCCGAGAUGUGACCGACUUCCAUUUCCCCUCAAAAACUGCUGGCUCUUUGAAACCAUUUUAAAAAUAAUCCAGCCUUGGCUGAUCAAAUGCAUUUUUCUUCUAUUUCGUAGUUUUUAAAAAAUUUUUUGCUGUAGAUUUUUUUCUAGCAACCAUUUUCUUUCUUCUCACUUCCAUUUUAUUAUAUCCAACAAAGAAACAAACCCCCUUAACCAUUUCAUUUUGUAUAUUUAAUCUUUUAUUUUAGUUUUUUUUAAUAUAUAUAUAUAUAUAUACAUUAUGAUAUGUAAACAAUGAAAUAUAUAAAAU